AUGAAGCAAUGCAAGGUGACACAGCUUGUCAACACUUUCAAGAUCGAGUUGCGCGAAGCUGAAGCUUCUGGCAUACGGGCUCUAGCCAAGAGUAUUGAGCUGCAGGUUGUCCUGAUCAUCCUUGCCAACAAGCUCUUUUCGGACCUGUCUUCUGCAGACAUUGCUUUGGGGCUUACCAACCGUUAUUCCCAUUUAGUCCGUGGUUACCGAUAUGUGUGGAUGUUCCCUUUUACAGAAAUGCACGUGGAACUCGUCUGGAACCGCUCGCAAGUAGCCCAAACUGAGCCCUUUAAAGUGCUCGCCGAAAAGAACGGACAACAAAUGAGCGUGAGGAGGUUCCUGAUGGCAUUUAUGAGAGACGUAGUAGCUGGACGUGCAGACAAGACAUUGGUGCUCGACCCUCGAUCCUGCGGCAAUGAGAGAAGCGCAGCUAACCUCGUGGAAGACGUUAUUGGUCUAUUUAUGAGCUGUGUCGACAGUAAAGACAUCCUCGGAGCACUGAUGACUUAG